UCUGUGACAAGAACGGACCAGACUGAACUAGAGUUUGAAAUUUGAAGAACAUGAUUCGAAAUGUUAUUUGCGACUGGUUUACAUUAAUGGAAAUCAGUUGAUUUUAGCACAAUCGUACGAUGUAGACCGUAUAACAACAAAAGUGUUACUCAUCUGAGUGAUAGCAGGAAAAAAGUACUGUUCCGAAAAUACGAAAGUGUCAGCAUUACGAUAUAUAUUGCAAAUUUUCUAAAUUUUCAACACAAUUGGACUCGUCGACUUAACGAUUUUGUCUACUUUAUUGUGGUGUAAAUUUCUUAACAAAAAUUUCUGUUUGCCAAUUCAAGAUAAUGAAAGUGAAAAUUAUGGAAACAGUCUUUAGUAGGAUUUUACCAAUUACCACACAAAGCAACGAUUGAAUUAUAAAUACGUCGAGGAAACAUGUGCAGAUGUUACAGAAUACUAUUAGGUGGAUGACAGGUUCUUCAAGGAUGGAUCCUAAUAAAAAAUCAGGAGCAGUUAACAGCAAUCAGAGCACAGUUGCACAGUCUGAAAGCUCUGAUUCUAUAGAGGUAGACAAUUCACGUACAGUUCUGUUAAAAAUAGCAACAUUAUAUGCGGAGCGUCUUAUGAAUGAUAUCUGUUUAAUUGUGGAUGGUGUGGAAUAUCCAGCACAUCGACUUAUACUGUGUGCUUCUAGUGAUGUUUUCCAAGUGAUGUUGAUGAGUCCACAAUGGAGUGAAUCUCAGGAAAGCAGGGUAACACUCCAGGAAACGCCUCAGUGUGCACCAAUAUUCAGCGAGUUUUUGCGUUAUUUUUACACUGGCCAGAUAAGAAUAAAUCAUAGCGUUGUUCUACCAAUAUUAUCUCUAGCUGAUAAGUACAAUGUCAAAGAUUUGAUAUCAUUGUGCCUUGACUACAUGCGAAAUCAUAUCGCACUAGCUGCCAUACAUGGCACUUUGGUAUCAUGGCUGCAGUACACAUUAAAUUGUGGUCAUCAUGACAUUAGCCAAGCGUGUCAAAAUUUUAUCAAAUGGAAUUUGGAGCUUGUAGCCAAGACUGCGGAUUUUGGGAACUUUGAUUUAGAUAUCUUGGUGUCAUUGUUGCAUCAAAGUAGUUUAGUCAUAAAGGAUGAGAUGACACUCUACAAGUGCCUAGAAUCUUGGUUAGAUCAUCAGGCAAACCGAUUGAAAACACAGCUUUCACUUGACGAAUUUGAAGCAACGUUGCAUCAGUUGGUAAUAGCAGUGAUGUCACCUGUUAGAUUUCCAAUGAUGUCGCCGCGACAAUUGGCGGAUUUGUUGCUAUCACCUUUAACGAAAAAAUAUAAAGAAUUUUUUGUGGAACGUAUGUCGAUUGGCAUGUCCUUCCACUCGGGUCAACUCGACAGAGUAAGAGAAGUAAGCCAAAACGAAGAGGACGGCGCAUUGCUAUUCGAGCCGAGACUGUAUACUGUUGACACAUGCAGUUCGCUACUUACCAUAGAAAACUUCCACAGUCUGCCAUCUUAUCACACGAGGACGCUUGUGUUUUCCAGUCACUCCAGUUUAGCGGAAUACGCGGGCGAUAGAGCGUGCGAGUGGGUGGUGGACAUUUAUCCUAAAGGCGUGUGGUUCAAGAAAUUUUUCCUCAUAGUGUGGCAAGGCACGGUAGAAAUGCCUGAACACGUUAAGCGAUCGGUAAGAUUGUCAUUGACAUGCAAAGAGCCAGCGGCGAAAAGUAACAUGCGCGUAAAAAUCGGCGUUUUAAUUUACGGCUUGCAAGAUGGUGUUGAGCACAUUGCGAGAGUUACAGAGAUUAUUCACAGAUUCAGUAAACAAGAUCGCGUUUUAAAUCUGGAUAAUCUUUUGCCGUUUGAGGAACUCAAUCCACAACAGGGUUCCGUACCGGAAAAUGCAGUGUCUCCCUUUUUAGUGGGCCCCAGCAAAGACAUGCUCAAAUUACACAUUGUUAUAUCACCAGCCAAAUAGUGUUUAUAAGAAAAGUUUAAGACAUUAAUUUAUGAUGAAUAUUUAAUGAAUGUUAAAAGAAAAAUGUUAUUUGUGUUCUACGUUUGUACAAGAAUUUGUAUAAUAGUACUGUAAAUUUUAUUUUUCGAAAUAUUUCCUACAAUUAAUAUUUAUUUUUUUUUACUCAGAUAGAAAGAUAUA